AUGUCAACAACCGACCUUGACCAACUUCGCCAAAACAUCAAAUUCCCUACGAUGUCGACCAAACCCCCAAAACAAGUACCUAAACAGGGAAAACAACGAAGAGUCAACAAAUCUGACAAAGUCGAAGCCAACAAAGUCGAAAAGCCAGCCCCUAAGCUCCUCAAGAAGGCUCCUUCAGGAUCUGAUGAGCGCCAGUGGCCAGCAUUCCAAGGUAUACAAACUCUGCAAAUUAACAGCGAUCCUCUCACGCAAAGAGAACAUUCGAUUUCCGCCAAAGGUCAACAGCGCAUGAGAGCCCAAUACACUGCACCACAACUUGCUAAGCAUCGUCUUGCGAUCCAAGCCGUAAGUCAUGAGGUCCUGCCAAGCUUAGAUCGAGUUGAAACCUGACCAACUUCUAGCCACUCGCGCCCAAACAAGAGGAAAACACGAUGGCCGCUAUUUGUUAUCAAGUCCAAGGUGACCCAAGGAACGGCCCAGUCCAAAUGAUGUGGGACGCUUUCGAAGCAAAGAUCAACGCCUUGGAGAACGAGGUCUUGAAGUUACAACGCGAGAAGGCGGAGGUCCAGAAGUCCAAUGAUGAGGUAAGAUCUCACCUCAAAGAAUUCAAUUAAGAUUUGCUAACGCUUCAAGUAGCUCGUCGAAGAAUUCAAGAAGGUCGCCGGUUUGGCUCAUGUUGCAUUGGGAGGUAAUGUCGCGCGCGGCAUCGGAAACUACUGA